GUCGACCUCAACAGUACUAGAGCUGUCAAGUACACAACGUUUCUCUUGCUUGACUCUUUUCGUUUACUGUCAGCUUUAAUGGUCGUGUGCUAAACCCCAAGCAGGCUGCCCAAACUGAGUGGCAGACGCCACCGUUCUCUGCAGGUCACUAGCUCGGACUGGCCCAGGGCGGGUGUUGCUUUCUACGGAGUACCUAGGUAUUGCCUUGGUUGAGCCGGGUCAAGCCAAGUCAAGAGGUCAGAUCAGGUCAGGUCUAAUCUGCCGCAACCCGCCAGCCUCGGCCACUCACCUUUGCACCACUUGCACCUUCCCUCUCACCGUCCUUGUCAUCACCCUCGUUGGACUUGAGCUUCGCCUCGCCACGCCCUCACGCCUUGUCGCCUGGUACCCGGUACUGUACCCUGGCCCAUUACACACACACCAAGCAUCCCCCAACCCCCAGCCAGCCUAGCCUGCCUGCGUCGUGCCUGACUCGGCAGCCCCAAACAAUAUCCUAUCCAGCUCAGCUGACCCGUCGACAUAUGGACUAAAUACCAUCAUCUGAUCGAGGUCUGAUCCAAGAGUGGCCCGCGCCCUUCCUUGUGCCUGUCGUGCCUGUCGUGCCUGUCCUAUCCGACCCCCGUCUUUCCUUUUUUCCUCCCACGCUGCCCUGCCGCAUCCCACGCCCACGACCAUCUCCUCUCACCCACCAUGGGGAACAACCCCUCCACAUCCAAGCAGGGGACCCCCACUCCCUCCGCUUCUGGCCACGGCCACGCUCACGAUUCCCCGAGGCGCCACCACCACUCGCUCUCGCAGUCCUCGCAGCCCCAGUCGCAGUCGCAGUCGCAGUCGCACUCACAGUCGCACUCACAGCCAGCAAGGGACCGUGACCAUAACCAGAGGGCCGGCAACGCCGCGAGGCUGCCCAUCUCCGUCCGCAACACCCGCGAGGCCGUGCCCGCCCAAGCCUCGCUAGCACAGGCCCAUGGCUCGACCGACAUCAAAAAUUCCCAGGCCCUCCCCAUCACCUCCCUAGCAGCCUCGCCAGCCGGCUCUACAAAGUCCAGCACAGCCGCCACCAGGGCCUCAGAUCCCUCAAAGCCCGUCCCUGCCAAGCCAGCCCCCGACGCCGAGCCCACCAGGCCUGUCGACGUGCCCGCCGCGAGGGACAUUGCCCCGCCAGAGCCGACCUCACCCGUCUCCCCCCUCGACGCCGCCGAGGCCGCCCUCCACGCCCACGGCAGCAUCUCCGACAUGUCCUUCAUCGGGCGCCCGCCGCGCAUGCCCCUCCCCAUCGAGGAGGAGGUACACACCCCCGGCUCGCCCAUCACCGCCCCGGACGAUGACGGGGAGCCCGUCGAGUCGCUCGACCUGACCGGCGUGGACGGCGACAUCGUGCGCAAGUCGUCCAACCUGAGCACCACCACCGUGGACGAGGACGACGCCGAGGAGCUGCGCGUGGACAAGACCAGGCCGACCGUGCCCACCCGCCUGGAAUGGCUCCGGGGAGGUGAAAGGGUCUACGUGACCGGUACCAUUUUUCAAUGGAACCGCAAGCAAAGGCUCCAUCCUGUCGAGGGCUGCCCCGGCGUCUUUGCCACCACCAUCAACAUCCUGCCCGGCACGCAUCACAUCCGCUUCCUUGUGGACAACAACAUGCAGACGUCGCCGGACCUGCCCACCACUGUCGAUUUUGGCAACAACCUGGUCAACUACAUCGAGGUCAGCCCCGACGAUGUACCCGCGCCCACACAGGAGGCGGCCCGCACCCCCCAAGAGAGGGAGGACAAGCAGCUCGCCGAGGCCGAGGAGCAGAAGGCCCGCGCGCCCAAGGACAAGCAGGUGCUCCCUGUCGAGGCCUUCUCCCGGGUAUAUCCACAGUACCUGCUCGACUACGACAAUGAGCCCGAGGACUCGCCCAUCUCCCAGGCCGCGGCCGCGGCCAUCGAGAAGCUCCCCACCCCACCGAGCCUGCCUGGCUUCCUCUCGAAGCCGAUCCUGAACGCUGCCACCCUACUGAAGGAUGACAACAGCGUCCUCAACAUGCCCAACCACACCACCCUGAACCACCUGGCCACGAGUAGUAUCAAGAACGGGACCCUGGCGGUGUCGGCGACCACGAGGUACAGAGACAAGGUAAGAAGCCCACUGCACUGUCGCAAUCCAUACCCGGCCGAAGUUGCUGAUGUCCAAGUAGUACGUGACCACCAUCAUGUAUAAGCCGGUCCCCGGGCACGAAUAGGCCGUCUUUUGCGUUGAUAUUUAAUGGCCAUCUCCUUUGGGUUGGAGUUGGGGAACUGGCAGGCUAAGCAAGGGUUGAUACCCUCAUCGGGGGUCCGGAAUGGCAUUUUAUGGCGGCUUUGGACAUGGGAUAGUAAAAGUCGUCGGUAGCGGUUGUACAUUCCUAGGCGUGGAAGCUGAGCGUUGGCAAAUCAGCCGAGCGCCGUAAAUGUAUCUCGGGUCAAGGGAGGAAACCCUGGCGUCAUCAGACCAUCUUGUGCGUCGAACCGCCGUCGCCUCAGACCCUCCACUUGACAUGUACCUCGUCCGUCCGGAAGCGCUGGGUGACGGUGGUGUCCUUGAGAGGGGUGCGGAAGCCGCUCUCGUAGGCCAGCAGGCCGGCAUGGGCGAUCAUGAUGCCGUUGUCGAUGCAGAACCUCUCGUCGGUCGCGUAGACGCUGCCGCCCCGGUCGCGCGCCAUGGCGCCCAUCAUCUCCUGCAGCCGGACGUUGGACCCGACGCCGCCGACGAUCAGGACCUGCUGGCUCCCGACGUGGGCCAUGGCGCGCUCCGUGAUCUCGACGAGCAUUGAGAAGACGGUCUCCUGCAGGCUGAAGCACAGGUCCUCCUUGGUGAUGUCGACGAGCCGCCCCUCGGCGGUGGUGACCUUUUUCCCCGCGGCCAUCUGCGCGGCGAGGUCGUCCACGCGCGCCAGGAUCCCGCUGAAGGAGCAGUCCAUGCCCUUGACGGCGUACGGCAGGUCGUGCAGCACGUCCCCGCUCGCCUUCUUGGCGAGCUGCUCGAUGUUGUACCCCGGCGCCGGGUCGUUGGGGAUCAUGAUGGUGCGCGCGAACCGGUCGAGGCAGUUGCCGACGGCGAUGUCGAGCGCCUCGCCGAAGAUGCGGUACCGCUGCUCCGCGUACGCGAUGACCUGCGUGUUGCCCCCGCUCACGUACAGCACCACCGGGUCCGCGGCGCCCGUGAUGCUGCGGCCCAUCUCGAUGUGGCCCACGCAGUGGUUCACGGCGACCAUGGCGUCCUCCUUGCCCCAGAGCAGCGCGAGGGUGCGCGCCCCGACCGCGACGCUCGUCAGCGGCGCGCCCAUCCCCGGCCCGCCCGUGAAGGUCACGCAGUCGAUCUCGUCCCUGGGGCUGGUGACGCCCGCGGCGCGCAGGGCCUCGAGGGUUACGGUGCAGAACUGCGCGCGGUGGUGCGCCGCCGUGUCCUUGGGGAGGAAGCCCGCCCCCGGCGGCGCGUUGUACGUGUGCCGGAUGUUGGAGAGGACUGUUGCUGUCGGCUGCGUCGUGCUUGGGAUGGGCGGGAGCGGGAGGGCGUGGCUUAUCACGCCCACGCCUAGCUUGUUGGCGCUGCCUUCGCACCCUAGGGCUAGGAGGCGGGUGCGCUUGGUGGGUGCCGCGGGGGCUGGGGCCGCGGGAGUCAUGGUGAUGUGUGCCUGUGUGUUGUGUGUGUGUGUUGUGGGAGGUGGGUUGGGCGCGCCGCGGGGCACGGAUGAGCUCUCCGGUGAGAGGGGGCAGCUUCUUUUUUUUUUUUUUUCUGGCCUGUGCCUGGUUUCCUUGGAGAGUCGGUCGUUCGUUCGGUGCCAAUUUCGCUUGGGGACAGCGUGCCGACACGGUUGCUGCGACGGUUCUGUGCGGGCUCAGGGGCAGAGUGGCAGCGUGCUCGUCGACGACGUCUGGUGUGGGCGUGUGAAGCAAGUAGCAAGUAGCAGUGGUCGUUGAAAAGUGGACGCGGGGUUCACGUCACCGGAUCGGCGACAGGCAUUUGUGCAGUCCCCAUCCGCUCGGCGCCGGAAAUCAGGGGUCCACAGCAGCUUGGACAGGGGCGGCCCUGGCCUUCCUUCUGCAACGGGCAUUCCUUGGCGGGCCGGACUGAUGCUACCUUACCCCUGCAGCUGCACGUUCAGCCGGGUCGGUUUCCUAUUCUUACAUACGACGACUCUAACCCCAUCCAUGUCGCCCAUCUCAAUCCGGUUUCUUU